AUGAAGGUCCUGACCGUCCUUGCCUUGGCCGCAUCUGCGACGGCGCAGUAUUUCUCUGAGGGCUGGAGGCCCGGGCAGGCCGUCACCGCCGAAGGUGCUGCGCCCACGUUCAUUCGUGGGCCGCCUGGAGGUCCUGGCACUGUCCCCAAGAAGCCAGCGGAGCCGUUCAAAUUGACAGACCUGCUCGACAUGAACAAGCUCGCUCAGACAGAGCUCGUUCAGAAUCUCUUCGACAAAGUCGGCGUCAACAUCUCCGAGCGAAUGGAAUUGGUCAACAAGCUCCCGUGGGAUCCACGUAUCCCUCUUAUCACGGACGCCAAUUAUGUGGACAUGAUAGUGAACGAGCCUUUGACCCCAGAGGAGGAAGAAGACAGGCUUUGGAUCAUUCUCGUGUACGAGGCCCAUGCUCUUGCUUAUCUUCAAUCGAAACUCACACUCCACAGCUCUGCCGCGACAAACCGGCAGGAAGGGCUUUCCAAAUUCUUCGACGAGGCUUUCGACACAGCCUACAAUGACACUCUGCUUGCCGGCGAUCUCCCCCAUGUCCGUUUCGCCCGCAUUGACUACCUUAACGUCACAUACGUCACCACCAAAUGGAACCUCUGGGUCGCACCGUCUAUCGUUGUUCUCAAGGACCGUGGUCAGACUCUCCGUUUCUACCGGUCCAACCAGCUCCGGGUCGCUCAAGGUGCCCUACGCGAGUUCUUGAAGCAGGAUGGAUGGAUGUUGACCACUCCGUGGUCAUCCGCUUUCGCCCCUGGUGGCAGCCGGGAGUUCGUGCUCGAAUAUUUUGCCAAGACGCUGACCACGGUCUACCUUUGGACCAUCAAGGUCCCCAAGUUUGUCUUGAUCAUCCUUUCCGGCAGCAUGGCUUCAUUCUUCAUCAACAUCUUCCACGGAUGGGGUGGCACGAAUAAGCCUCAGCCUAAGUCUCAGCCUACGCCCCAGGCCAUUCCGGCAACAACCACUCCUGCCGCGGCCGCUCCUUCGACAGCCGUUGCACCUGCUCCUGCCUCACCAAGCAAGGCAAAGCAACGCAAGGGCAAAGGCAAAAAGUAGAAGACUCUAAUGAUGGGCGUGUCGAAAAAGGGUUUCAUGACGACAAGGACCUGUACUGCUACUUUCAGUAAUCAGUAGUUUGCUGUAUGUACUUACUCGGCGUGUUAUAAUGCAAAUCUAGUGUAGGCCAUGCCGUGCUGAAAAACAACGAUGCCCCGUGCUCACAUGCUG